AAAAAAAAAAAAACUAAUUAACAAAAACAAAAAAAAAAGAAUAUAAAAUCAUGAGUCAAACACUGGCAAAUCGUUCUCAUGUUGCUGGUUCAUCAAACAAAUGGCACAGUGCAAAAGGAACAAAUAAUAAUUCAACAAAAAAAGAUAGCCAAGAUUGUCCAUGCUGUUGGCAUUGUUCUGGUGGUAAUGAAAUUGAUAACCAAUCAUCAGAUGCUGAAAUAAGUUCGCAAGCUGAAACAUUGGCUGAUGAAAACAUUGACGAAAUAUCAACUGAGGAUGAAUAUACUGACGAGGCUGAUUAUGAUACUGGCAAACGUUGUAAAGCAAAAUUAUGCAAUGAUAGUCAAGAUGACGAUGACGAGAGUAUCACGAAAACCAUAAAGCCAUCAAAAGCUGUUAAUGCCAUUGAAAAAUUACGUGAACUGCAAUGGCGAAGGGAUCAACUUGAAAGGCACUACACAUUUGGAAUAAGACGAAUAAUCGACGAGGUUUAUUUUCCUGAUGGCAUGAUUAAUGGAUCAAAAAAAAAAACAAGUAGUAAAUUUAAUGAAAGAAGAAAAGUCUCUUCAGGUCGUUCAAGACUAGAUGAAGAAAAGCCAAUUUUAAUUGAACUACCAUGUGGAUGUCUUCAUCAUUGUCGUCGUUUUCAACAAGAUGAUUUACCAUCUGAAAUAUCAAGACGUAAUUUAUCUAGUAAAUCAACCCUUCAAAAUUGUACCACAAAAAUUAAGGGAAAAUCUUGUGCUAAUUUUAAUUGUGAUGAUGAAAAUUCAAAAAUAUUUAGACGUACUUUGUCUGGUAAAUCUCCAAGGAGAUGAUGUUUAUUAAAUUUAAUUUUUUUUAUC